CCAGUCUCGUUUUCAGUGCUCUGUCUAUCAUAGCUGAAAUUGAGAGAGAGAGAGAGAGAGAGAGUUAAAGAGAUGCAUCUAUGGCCGUCUAUGAGAUUGAGGGAUUCCUUCAAGCUGGGUUACUUGAAGAAACUCGAAUGGAACCUCCACAGAAUGGAGACGUCUGAGAAGCAGCGGCGAGAAUCUCAAAGCAGCGAAGGCAGCAGCAACCAGCAAAAGCUUUUGGACGAUGAUAAUAGCGAUACUCAAUCUGUUAAUUCAAAGGUUUCCGGUAAAGGAGGUGGGCGAUUUCUCGUGCUUUGUGGAGACUUGCUCAUGAUCCUUUCUUGCUGCUACUGCUGUUUCUGUUGCGGAGCCUGCGUUGCCGAAGAAGAGGACUGAUGAAGCUUAAGCAGGAGCAUCCAACCGUGACCUAAACAGUUCUGGUGUUGUACAGAAGAACGUGUCAUUGAUCAGAAAAGCACAUUCUGUUGAGUCUGUCAAUUGUUUUUCCAUUUACCGUGUAUAACAGAAAACUAUCUUCAUGCAAAUAGUGUUUGUCAAUAGGUUGGUUGGUUGUUAUAACAGAAACUUUUUACCUCUUGUGUGUGUUGAGUAUGAGUUUGCACUGCUUUCACCUUCAUUCCGGAAUAUUAUAUUAUCUGUUGUGAUAUUCAGAGCAUUUUGAAAUGUAUUAAUUAGUAAAA